AUGACCGACUCAAGUACUGCAAAAAUAUCGUCCGCCCCGAGAUGCGUGCCAUCCUACGACAUCAGCGAUCCACUUCAGCAGGAGGUCACGCGCAUUCUCAGAAGCUUCAAGAAUGAUAUCCUCGGUAUCAAGUUCCUAGGUAACGACGGCGUUCUGCGCUCGCUAACUGCAGAUCGCAAAGUGCUCUCUGCGGAAGGACUCAGACCUGAACUCAUCGAAACUUUUCUGAGCCGCUUUCCAGAAGACUUCAGAGCGCAAAUGACGAAUCCAGUAUUCGCCGAUGGUAGCAAGACGCCUAAAGAGAGGUGGUUUGAGCCGGAUGCAGGGACUUUGCCGGAGCCGCUGUCUCAGCAGGAGAUUGACAAGGUCAAGAAUCAGCCUGACGAGCGGAAGGACUUGCUACGAACGCGUAUGCGUGAGGAUGAGAAGUGA